CGGGACCGUCGGAGCGGCGGCCUCCGGGGAAGCGGCCGUUGAGGCGGCGUUGGCGUUGGCGGCUGUGCGCCCAGGACUUCACAUGGAGUCGCGGGAUGGCCGUCCCGGGCUCUGCUGCAAGCCUGGCGGGCGGCUGGACAUGAGCCACGGCUUCGUGCACCACAUCCGACGGAACCAGAUCGCCCGGGACGACUACGACAAGAAGGUGAAGCAGGCCGCCAAGGAGAAGGUGAGGAGGCGACACACGCCCGCGCCCACCCGGCCCCGCAAGCCCGACCUGCAGGUGUACCUGCCGCGACACCGAGGGCGAGAUAGCUGUAGCCGCCCAGGCAACCUUGACUGUGAGGAGUCGGGUGAAAGCAGCAGCGGCAGCUCUGAGCUGGAGCCAUCCAGCCGCCAGCUCUUCUGCUUAGAAUAUGAAGCGGACAGUGGAGAGGUCACAACAGUUAUCGUGUAUCAGGAUGAUGACCCGGGAAGGGUGAGUGAGGAAGUUUCAGCGCACACACCUCUGGAUCCACCCAUGCGAGAGGCCCUCAGAUUGCGGAUCCAGGAGGAGAUUGCAAAGCGCCAGAGCCAACACUGACCAGGUUGAAGGCGGAAGGUGUUCAGGCUGGAUUCACUGCACUUGGAAGAAUUCUGCUCAGGGAGCUCACCCUAGUUUAGGGCUAUCAGGACCAGUCUAUCCAUCUUCAGACUUCUACCCCACAAAGCUGCUACAUCCACAAGGGUAUGUUGCAGGACCAUAUCUAGCCUACCUCCCUGUUAGCCAUUCUUUUUUGUAUAUUGGCCCAUUUGCUUAGCCUAACAUUCUGGAACAUUUUGUUUGGCUAAUUUGGUGUCCUGGGGACAGAGACUUCAAGAGAGAGCCGAAGUGUAAGAAGCCUGCGGCCCCCAUGCUGCUGUCACACAGAUGUACACCUGGCCACGCCAUGAGCCACAUUGGUUAUCUUAGGGUUCUUUCAUGUUUCUGCUCACCUCCACCCAUGUUUGCUUAGAUUUUUCCAGUUCUGGCUUUUCCUUUCCCCCAUCUUUUUGCCUCAGGUACAAUCAGUUUUCCUCACCCAACAUGAUUGUUUCUCUACUGCUCAGGACUUUGGAAGUGGGAUGGGGAUGGUCCUGGGAGUCUGCCUCUAACAAGUUCUCCAAGUAAUUCUGAAGCAAAUAAAAUGGGGGAACUUUGUUUUUGAGGCCUACUUGGAAGCAUGUUUCCUUCCCCUUCUGUGGCUUUUCUAGGUUGCUCUAUGUCCUACCUCUCUGCACUGUCUGCACAAGAAAACUAGAAAAAGAUGCUGAGCUAAUUGAUAGUUGUUGCUUGCAGCAAAACCUGCCUUGGCUAGAGCUACAGAAUUUCAGCUUUUGACCUCAUCCCUAGCUGUAAACAGAAUAUUCUCUCUCAGACUAAAGGGGAAUCAUCAAAAUGAGCUUGAAACUGACUUGCCAGUUAUGACUUAAUAGUUUUGGACUGUUAAAGUUGGGAAGUUAGCUGGACAUGGUGGCAUAGCCUAGUGUGGAGGCACAUACCUUUAAUACCAGCACUUGGGAGACAGAGGUAGGAGGAUAGACCUAAGUUCAAUGCUGGUCUGAAAUUACAGAGUGAGUUCCAGGUCAGCCUGGGCUAGAGUGAGAAACUACCUUGGGGGCGGGGUGGGGGGAGUGAUGGGAAACUCAACAUUAACAAUAAUUGCCUAUGUGUAGAGCUUAGUGAUUGGGUGGGGGGAGAACAAGAAAAAUCCUGAGGACCAUAAAGGAAGUGAAGUGAGCCCCUCUCCUUUUCCCCAUGCUUUUACCUUUCUUAUGUCACUUGGGCCCAGCAUAGUGGUACAUGCUUGUAAUCCCAAUAUUCAGGAGGCCAAGGCAGGAGGAUUUCCACAAGUUUGAGGCUAGCUUGGGCUACAGAGCACAACCCUAUCUCACCACCAACAGAAGCUAACUUAGGUCUGUCUGUAGGGUAAAGAUCCCCAGGAAUAGCAUUUCUCUCACUUAAGGAACAUUUUUUGUUUUCUAUCAAGGGGUUAGGCUGUGGUCUGAAGUCCACAAGACAUCCUGUGUACAGGAAUUUUGAGGCACCUAACUUCUAGCAAGUGACCCUACCCCUCAGCAACUUGAAAUGUGGACUGUAAGAGAGCCCCUGAGCACUGAGACUGCAGCCAAAGCCCCUGCCCCGGGGUGUUUCUACAUGAGGGUCUCAAAAUCAGUCUGGCUAGUCAUCACUGCAGUUUUUCUCUUAAAGGCUUCCUGAGAGCUGUUUUGUCACAGCUUGCAAUGCUGGGACAGCGAGUGAGGUGGUAAGUUAGAAGGGCCUGGCUAUGAAGAUGGCUGGAGAUAGAAUGCUCCAGACCCACAGAGCUGGCCCAGGGUUAAGUGCCUUAAGUUUGCCAGUCCUGAGCCCAGUUCUGCUUUCAAAGGAGAAAGUCUUUGCCCUCUAUGUAGGCAACUGUGCUAGAAGUGCCUUUAGAAGUCAUUGCCAACUACCCUCCAAAGGCUCCUUGCUCACAGAGGUUCUGCCAAACUAUCCCCAUCUUCCUGCAGGCUAGAGGACCGCUUCCUUAGUCUUCCAGAUCUUCAACUGAAUGUGUGACCUGGAACAUAGGAUUCACUGGAAUUCUUCAACACUUAGUCUGGAAAUACUUUGGGGCCUGUCUUAGAACUGGAUCAUUUGUUUCCUGGUUCCAUUACAGAACCUAGAAAAAAAUACCUGAAGAGACAAGCACCUAAAAGUUUGCUUCUUGAAAAAGGAAGAGAAAAAAAAAAAAAAGCAAUGUUUGCGUGUAUCUCUUGUCUUUUUAUGUUUAUUAUGUGAGUC